AUGGAUGGAUCAGUGCAGAAUAACCGGAUGGAGUACGCCUCAUUAGCGGAUGCUGAUAAAAAUGGAACUCUCCGACAGAGGGUGAAGGUGCCAGAGAAUAUUGUUCACGCUGAUCUUGAGUCGGACGAGAAUAUGGAGAAGUCCAACAUGAAGCAGAAUAGAGGCGAUACGAAUGAUGAAUAUGCUGCAGACGAGAACGACAUCCGAACUCUGCCUAGGAAUACCUUUUCAUUUUUAAUUAUUGCAAGAUACCCCUUUUGUGAAAAGGCUCGACCUGACAAUAAUGACGACCGGACAAGCAUCGUUCAGAACCGGCGAAAGAAAAAACAUCGAGACUAUUUGUGCAUACCAUUUUGGAUUUCGUUGGGCAUCUUGGUUCUGCAAAUCACAAUUUAUACCCUGGCAUUGCUGAAUGCAACUGACUUUGGUGAUGACAAUCCUUUCAAUUUUCCCAUUGAUGUUGACCCGUCCACAAGGGCUGCCGAGUUGUUCGCAGUCAUGAUUACGGUGUAUACCGAAAACAACUUGUUCCAAGGAGUUGAUCUCUUUGUACAGAGUUUCGAUACCCUUGUAGAAACUCCUGGUGUGACUUUCUACAAGUACUAUAUGACGGCCACCGCUGCUGUCCUCGUUGGCUUGUACGGAAUCUUUGUUACUUUCAUUAUUAUCAUGCAAGCAGAAAGUGUUGUGGAUCUCCUAUUGGACUUUACUGCGAUGGAGUUUGUCGCGGCGUUGGACGACGCCAGCUAUGUUCUUUCCAUCGGGGGGUUCUUGGGAUCACAUAUGAAGCUUACUGCCAGGGUUGUGAAGGACUCGAAGUAUGCCUCAAAAGACAAGCGCAAAUGGUUGAGAAAGUGGCCUCUGUUCGUUCUCUUUGCAGCUGUGAUGACAUGCUACGUCAUCGUCCGGGUGAAUCAAGGAAAUCGAACCUAUGGGGACAAUGAAAUCUAUGUUCAGUUUCACGAUGAAGUCCAUCCUUGGUUAAGUACACUUUCAGGGGUAUACAUUGGAUGCAACUUGCCAUCAUCAGAUCACGCAAGUAUUAUCAGAGGAAAAGAUCACGAUCUUGGCCGAACUAUGUAUACAAAGCUUUCUGUCGCAGAGUGCGAGAGAAACUGGAAGGCGGAGCAUGGUGCAUUCUUCUAUUGCGAUGAGAAGCAUUGGGUAUUUGCAGUCGGCGAAAACAAGAUGGAUCCAUGUAACAAGUGGAUAAUGCAGUCGAUCAAGCCAAAGCCAAGUAAUACAGAUGAGUAUGAUAUCCUGAGCCAUUCCACGGAAGUAUGGCUUGCAAAAGACCCAGAGAGAACAUUUGGUACUGGCGUUGUUGAGCAGAUUCAGUUCUUGGCUGGUUUUCAAUCUUCACAGAAUGCCGGUCGGAACUGUAGCGUGCUCGCAUCAACUGGAAAUGUCUUCUCGUAUCCAUUCUAUGCAAGGCUUGAAGAGAGUCAGCAAGAAAAGUCUUUCGCGAGUGAACGUCCUGUGUAUUUUGCCGGUGACGAUACGGAUGGCGAAUACAUCUUCCACACUGGAAGGAGGUGGGUCGUAGUGAAAGCAAAUCAGAUCCCAAGCUGCGUUCGCAACUGCAACACAGCAGAGAAUUGUUGCAAGCUGGAUCCCUACUCCGGAAACUACACCGUCAGCUUCAUCAGUGACCCAAUGGAUCUUCGAACACUUGGCGACACAUGGAUUCCCACCGCGGAACUCAUCUGGUAUAAGGCGACAGGAGAUACUGGCAAUUCAUCGAAGCCAAUUGUUGAAAGGCAAAGUCUUGUAGAUCAAAUUGAUGUGAUCGAAGCACUUUCUUCCGUUGGAUCCUUCCCAAACAGAGAAGAAGAGGAGAGGCUGAUUGACUUACAUCUACAGUCUGCAAGGCUUUCGUGCUUGUGUGAUAGUGGAGACCUUGAAUGCGAGAAAAACGUUGCUUGUGGUGCUGACGAAACGACGGUCUGGAUUGACUUGCAAACAGAUAGCCGGCCUCAAGAUACAUACUUUAUUGUCAUGGGAAACGAGACAUGGGGUACUAUUCAAGAGGAAGCAGCAACCAGCUAUGAUUUUUCAUCUGUACGCCAAUUGGCCAGCAGUGAAAAUUUUGGAAUCACUCCGCUGAAUGAUACUGGAUACUUCGAUUGGCAAGACGUACGGGAAACUGGUUUUGCUGCGAAAGCAAACUACCAAUUCACUACUUGCUUGCCAAAGAACAAAUGUGGAAUUAUCUAUGCUGAAGAUACAGCUGGGAACGGUAUUACAUUUCCAGGCAGGUUCAAUGUAUUCUUGAAUACCAGAAAGGUGGAACGAGAUCGAGGAGGCCGAAAGUGUGUAUACGAUCUGUGCCAAGAAUCAGCCACUUGCUCUGACUCCUCCCUACGCAAGGAACUAUUCAAUCCAGAAAUCAGUUGCACAGACGAAUCGGUGCCUCUUGCCUUUCAGUUUUUCAAGGACACGUCUUUCAGCCUCUCGAACACGUCGCAAUGGCUUAGUAAUGCAGAAGGAGAGGAACUUUAUGGUUCUGGGCCCGUCGAAUGGGGAUCGUUGUUUUUUGAUGCUCAGCGACAGAUAUGGAACAAUUUCGAUUUUGUCGAUUUCGACGCAGAGAUAAUUUUUUCACCCAUCCGAACAGCAACUUGUCUGCCAAAAUCCAGUUGUGCUAUAGUAGCUUUCGACAUUCUGGAUGUGCCAUUUGAGAGUCUCACUUCUGAAGACACGGGGUUUCCAUUCGAAUUUCCGAGCAUUGUCUACAAUGGGAUAGCACUUGAGCCAGACGAAGUAGAUCCCACUUUCAAUCAUUGCGUUUAUCAGUUCGGGGAUCCUUGUGCAACGGAAGUCAUUUGCUCAGACACCGCGAUCCCGCGGCCAUACACCACCGAGAGCAACUGCGCGGAGGGCCAAAAGGCUUUGGCCAUAGAAGUAGUGACAGAUAUGUUUGGUGCCGAGACAAGUCUUGUUAUGACCGACUUGGAUACGUGGAGGAAUGGUCAACUCACGGGCUUCACGCCAUUGCUUGAGACAGGAACCUUUGAUUGGGGCUUUCUUCGGUGGAAUGCCCCUUUUGUUGAAGAAUCGGUGUCAUAUACCUUUGAUAGUUGUGUGCCCGACGACCAAUGCUGGGUGGUACUUCUUGGAGAUGCAUUCCGCGAUGGCAUUGUAAAUGGAGGGAUGACUUUAGUCUACGAUAAUGCGGACAUAUUAUUUGGGCCCCUAGGAGAUGCUUUCACGACAUGUGUGUUCCAGUUUGGAGAUUGCGAGGCAAAACUUGACUGUUACGAUAUCGAAAAUCCACUUCCUCCUUACAAUCCUGAAAUUGAGUGUCAGAGCGGAAAACCACUCGCUUUCGAACUUAGGGCAGACUGCUGCUCUUCCGGUGAUAAUGCUAUUGUUGUGACUGAUUCGGAUUCUUGGAAUCAAGGGCUUGCAAGCACUUUCCCAUUUGUAGACGCACAGGGAUUUUUCAAUUGGGGAAGCUUUAAUAUCUUUGCCUUUGAAAACAACGUAUCCAAUCGCUUCCAAACGUGUGUUCCAGAUGAAGUUUGUGCAAUAGUCGCAAUCAAUGACAGCUUUGGAGACGGCUUUGUUGGUCUAGGAGGACUUACUGUUGUAUACGACAACACUGAGACAAUGCUUGGACCCCAAGUCGACGAUCAGUUCACAGAUUGCGUGUUUCAGAUUGGGGCUUGUGAGACACAAUUCUUCUGCGAAAAUAGUAAUACCCCGCUUCCUACGUCUCCCCCGUCUCCCCCGACUACCCGGCCUCCAGCUUUCAAUCCAGAUAUCAAUUGCCCAGGUGGAAAAUCACUGGCUUUCGAGUUCUAUUCGGAUACUACAGUAGCAGUGCAUACAAUAACUGUGGCCGAUUUCUAUUCUUGGAGGCGAGGGAUCUUAUCGAAUGCAGCAUCGCCCAAUGACUUUGGUUACUUUGAAUGGGAUUCAGUUGAGAUCUCGAACUUUGAGAGUGGUACAAUUUAUCAGUAUAGCACUUGUGUCCCAGAUACAGUGUGUGGAAUUGUUGCGUUGGAAGAUAACUUCGGCGAUGGUUUUGACUCCAACGAUUGGUUCACCGUCUACUAUGAUCGAGAGGAGAUACUCGCCGCUUUCGCUACCGAAAGCUUCCGAACCUGUCAGUAUCAGUUUGGAUCUUCAUGUGGGCAGCAAGGGUCCUGUACUGCAUCACUCCCGCCACCUUACAACCCCGAGAUGGAAUGUUUCAAUGGAACAUCACUGGCCCUUGACUUCCAUUCGGACUUUUUUCCUUCUGAUAAUGAUCUUCUUGUGACAGAUUGGGACUCGUGGGUUCAAGACACAUGGGCAAAUUCAUCAUCAUCAAUAUUGAACCAGACUGGGUUCUUUGAAUGGGGUACCGUUCAGAUUUCCGGCUUCGAUCCUUCAAGCUCGCAUCAUUUCAGGACCUGCGUUCCUUCGGAGGUCUGCGGAGUGGUUGUGCUGAGAGACAGUAUAGGAGAUGGUAUCUUUAGCGACGAAGGACUCCGGGUUGUCUUCGAUGAAGAAGAAAUACCCAUGUUUUGGAAUCCAGGCGGCAGGUUCAGCUUCUGCGAGUUUCAGUUCGGUUCAUGUGGUCAGGGAGCUUACUGUACCAGUGAUCCGACCCUGGCUCCAUCCCCAUUCGAGCCUAACGGGGAUGAUGGUGCAGUACAAGAUGACGGCAUCGUAGGGGAUGGUGUAGUACCGCAAGAUGAUGGCGUUGCAGAAGGUGAUGAUGCUGCACGUGUCGUAGACGAUGAUGCUGUACGAGUUCUAGACGAUGAUGUAGUAGAAGAUGCCGGUGCAGUAUAA